AUGCUGGAGAACACGCUUGGGACGAUCCACAUCGAGGCAUACGUCAUGCAUGUUGACAAGGUCUCACAGAGUGAGGUGGCUUUCAAGUUAACCAAAGAGACGAUCAAUGACCUCAGGAGAUAUGAAGAAUCCCAAUCACUUGAUGCAGCUACAUACAGGUGGAAGUGGCCAGAGAAGCAAGCUCCGCUGGACAAAUUACAUGAGGAGUUUGUCGAAGCCGUCAACAAGUUCGUUUACCGACCAAUGCCAAGGCCCUGGAAGGACUAG